AUGGAGUUCUACCUGAGCGCCUGCUCCAAGGCUGCUGAUGCAGCCGCCACCAAGACUGCUGCCAGCCACCUGGUGGCAGACAGUGAGCAGUGCGGCGAGGGCCCCCACAGAAUGCACUUUCCAGAAGUGGGGGCUGCUCAACUACUGGAUCUACCUCUUGGCGUCAAGUUGCCUUUGAUCCCAGGAAGCAAUACUUUAUUCUACACCACAAAUUUAAGUGAAAAGCUUUUUCAGCCCUCUUACGGUUUUAACUUAAAUGAUCCUUAUGGUCGGCUACUGGAAACCAGAUACAAAAGCCUGCAUGAUCCUCAUUUAAGUGCCUACUACAAGCGUAAAGAUAUCUUGAAGCGACUAAAGAAGGGAGGUUACAUCACCAGCAAUAACAAAAUUGUAUGCACUUUAAGAGAAUUUAAUAAAUACCGACAGUAUCUGACAAGCCUCAAAUUAGACUUUGAAAGAAACUAUAUAAGAGAACAAAAAAUGCUUGAAAAGCAAGUGACCAAACUCCAGGAACACAAUCAAAUCCCAGACAGUAGAGAUGCAGCACAGUUCAGAGAAUGGCUGUUACAAGAAGGCACACAGUCUAUUCAGGACCAAGAGCGCUUAAUAAGGCACAGAUAUUUAGAUAUGAUCAGCAGAGAGCUGGAGAAGCUCGAAAGGUCUGCUGAGGAACUGCACCUCAUCCGGAUGAAUGAGGAAGAGAAAAGACAGAGGGAGCACACGAGGAGAAAACUCAGUCUUCGGAGGAAGAUUGAAGAGGAAUGGAAAACAAAGGAGAUGUUACUUCUGACCAGAAUUGGAGAAGAAGUUAAACGAGAAGCUCGAGUUGAAGAACAACGAAGGAAAAGUCGAGAGGAGAGCGAUAGGAAGAAACAAGCACUUCUUGAGAAAAAGAUGGCCUAUCACCUGCGGAAAAUGCAAGGGAAUGGCUGUAAAAGAGAAGAAAAGGAGAAAACGACAUUGGAAUAUAAAGGAGCGGACGGGACAUACUUUGAAAGCGACGAGAUUAGAAGACAAGGUAGUCAAACUAAAUACCAGAAACAGAACACGGAUCUGUUUGAGUAUUUUGCCUUCUGGGAGUACAGUACGAAGAGUGGGACCAAGAAGUCAGUCACGUCCAUGUAUUCACAGGUUGACGUUAAUGAUAAUGAAAGUGCUAAUGCCAGGCGCAAUGGAGAUCUGGCUAAAAAGCCUAGUGGGAUGGAAAGUGGAGGUAAGACAGACCGGACUUUACAUCAUCAUCUCCUGCAAAAUGGUCUACAUGACAAGAUAUCUGCUGAAGAAUUAAAUAACAUACUUCAGAAUGUAAUGACAUGGGUUGUGGCUACAGUGACCAGUAUUCUCUAUCCAGCCAUCACAAUGUAUGAAGAAAGGUUGCGUACAAAUCUAUACCCGCUAUCUGAUGAUUCGGUCCUCUCAUCGGGUAGCUCAAGUUUCUGUAGUACUUGCAGUGAUGACUUUGCAUACAGAGCUUAUUCUGCAGCCACAGCUAAAAAGAUCAGUUGUACAGAUGUCAGCCCCAAGACAAUAAACUUGCCUACAGUGACAGAAGGGCAACCUAUGGUAACAAAAAUCUCAAGACCUACCCAAAUUGAAACCACCAUCUUGAAAGGAACAUAUUCCAGCAAGAAGGGACAGACAGUAGCUCAAUUUAAGUAUAACAAGAUGGGAAUGAGCUAUGAUGUCCCCAAGGUAAGGACCUGUAAGUCUGACAGUCAACUUUUAUCUCCAGUUGAAGUUGGUGAGAAGAAGGAUGCUACUACAGAAACAGAAGAAUUACCUACUGAUUCCCCAGAAGAAAAAGAAAAACCUGUCACUGAGGUAAAGGAGUUAAAAAAUGUUUUUGUGAAUUUUAAAUGUCACCUAAAAGAAGAAACGGAAAUGAUUUUGGAAAACAUUUUUCAAGAAAUACUAUCUGAUUUAACUCAAGCAAUUCCCUCUCUCUCUGCUGUUACGGCUGAAGUUUUUGUUGACCAUCUUGAAACUGGCAAAGACAGUGUGCUCUCCAAUGUGGAUGUCUGCUCAGCAGCUGCAGAUAUUGUUGAAAAUAUGCUCGAUAAGCUACAGUCUGCAGUUGAAAAAAAAUGCAUUGAGAUCUUUUCACAAGAAGACCUGUCAGUCACCUUCAAGUCAGGUGCCUCUUCCAGUGAAGAACAUUUUACUAGCAAACCAGAAAUGCCCUUUAAAGCAACAGUCUCUGGUUCUAUGGAACCAAUGUGUGACAUUGCAGAGGACAUGGUGCAUGUUAUUUUAGAAAAGUUGAUGACAUUUGCAGCUUCCAAGACAAGUAACUUGUCUCAUCAAAAAGAAACAAAAGCAGCAGAAGUUACUGUUGAGGAACAACCUGUUGAAAAGCCACCCAAAAAUACUGAAUCGGAUGUUGCUAGUGUAAUUGUAAAAGAAGAAAUCCAAAACAUAGUGUCGAACAUUUUUUCACAAUCUUCUGUGGUUGGUUAUGUUGAAGAAGCAAUCAGCACCAUACUGGGUUAUAUACAAACCGAACUUGACAACGAGAGACUAAUUGCAUCUGAAGAAACCAUAAUAGUCUUGCAGCUACUUGAUGAUAUCUUCACUGAACUGAAUGAGGAAGAAGAAGAAGUGCGAAUAGACAUUACUCAAAGUAAACGUUCCAGACUACAAAGCCCUACUUUUCUUAAGGAAGAGUACAGGCUCACAGGCACAACGGUGUCAAAGGUUGGUCUUCGGUCUGGAAAACCACUUCCACCUGUUAAUGUUCCUGGCAUGGUCUUUUAUUCAGAUGAUGAUAAUGAAGAAAUAGACAAAAUGGUGGAAAGUGUCCUUGUGUCAUCUGUCAGAGAUCAGAAAGCACUAUUGCGAGAACAGGCUAUGAAAGAACAAUUUAAGAGGGAAGACACUAGUCUUGGACACAAGAGAAGAGCCAAAUCACCUACAAGGCCUGCUUCCCGUGGCAGAGUAGCAUUUCGUGACUGGGGAUCACAGUCUGAAUUACAACCUAAUUCAAGUGAAGACAAACUUACAGAAGAAGUAAAGCCAAAAAAGCAAAUGUUAGGUUUCAGCCAGGAUGAAAAAUAUCAAAUACAGAAAGCAUCAGAAAAUAUUGUUGCAGACAUUUUAACUGACAUGCUCAGAGAAAUGCUGAUCAUGCCCUCUAGUCAGGUGAGCUAUCAAGAUGUUACAGAAACUUCAUCUUUUGCCUCUGCAAUGCCUCAUGGAUUGUCCCCUGAAGAAUGGAUGGACCAAGUUAAGAAUGAGAUGUUCUCAACAUCAGAAAUCAAUAUAGUGGCUAAUGACAUGACAGACGCAGUGUUGAAAAUACUUCAUACAGCUUCAUCUUGUCAAAUUUCAGAUGUUAACAAAGAUUCCAGUACUACUUCACUUUAUCAGUCCUCUAUAGAUGCUCAAGAUAUUUCCCCUGAGAUCAAAGAAAUAUAUGAAAUUCAUCAGAUUGCUCCAUUGGUACCCAAAGAGCCACUGAAAAUAUGGUUUGAGAGUGACAAGAAGAUGAAAUCUCUCUUCAAUAUAGAUCAAGCACAACCUCCCUGGCUUGAAUCUCCAGCAACUGAAGAAAUCCCUGAAGCUGAUGAUGUUAGUGAUGAGAUCAUCCGCACAAUCUUUAAAAAGCUGAAAUCAUUUGUUUUUCCAAAGUUGCGAAGGUGCUUUAGGUCAAAAAUUCGAUCACAACUUAGUGCUUAUACAACCAAAGUUGUGAACAUAGUUUUAGGUGCUAUUCGCAAUCAAUUGGAAGUCAAUAAGAAGAAAAAAACUGUCAGGGAGCCCGAGCCCCCAGUAACCUUUAUAGACGGAGAUGGUUUUCCUCUCUCUGAUAGAGAACUAGAAUCUGUUGUAUCAAAUCUCAAUGAUGAUGUUAUGGCAAGUUCAUUAGUAACAUGUAUUUGUGAGAUGUUAUCUGGUGGAAGUCCUGAUAAAAAGGAUCCCAUCUUUCCACCAGACAUGCCAAUUCCUGAUACUUUUGUUGAAACUGACUAUAUUGAUGUGCAAAGAGGAUCGACAAGUUGGCAAUGUCAAAAAACAAUCGCCUGUCAUUCCUCUAGUAUUCAAGUGAAGGUUCCUUUUCAAUCUCAAAAAUGUCCAAUUAUACCUUGUGUUCUACAUAGUGUAUUUAGUGGAAAGAAUAUCAAUGAGGCAGCCAGAUCUCAAGUGUUAGAAAGAAUUGGUAAUACACUAUUUGAAAUGUUGAACAAAAUGAUGGGAGAACCUCUGCUCCCUAGUGUGAGUCAUGUAUCUGUUCAUGAAGAGUGUACUGACGAGAGUUUGAGAGCAACUCCAACGUUGCAUUCUAAUAUUCAAGUAGUUUCUAAUGGUAUUCUUGAAGACAUCCUUGAAAAAUUAUGUUCUGAGAUGGAUCACAAACCCCCUCCCAGUUUUGAAAUUAGGAAAACUUCAAGUGAUCUAGAUGGGGACAGCCUAUAUCCUACUGUGGUGGUGGAGGAAGUGGCCAAGUGCACAGAUGUAAUAUCUUAUAUGGUAUCCGAUGCUAUACAGGAAGACAGUAAAGAGGUGUCUAGCCAUAAGAUGAAAGAUGCUGAUCCUUCUAGGAGAGCAAGCAUACUAGGAUUCCGUAGAAAGAAUCUGAAAACGGUGGCUUCAGAUAUUCUUAAAAUUGUUUUUAACAAAUUGGAGGGCUUUGCCAAUUUAAAUUUGUGGUCUAGAGGUACUACAAGAAAUGAAAACUGUAGCUGGCUGUCACCACAAGCCAGUACAUCAACCAAAGUGGAAACUCAUGAUGAUCAUCUGCAAUCCACUCUAAAGAUAAAUGCCAAAAAGGUAUCAAGUGCCAUUUUGAAGGCUAUUCAGGUAGAAUUAAAUGGAAACCCAUCGGAUUCUGAAGCAAAAGUUAACAAUCCACCUCAAGAAAAAUUGGUGAUCAAAAAUCUGGUCAAUUUAAUUUUAGAUGCUGUGUCUCCAGAAAUAUUUCAAGAACCUGAGUCAGAAGAGAGAGGUAUCGAAUAUUACCGAUAUAAGCCAGUCUAUGGCAACUUUCUUCCCGGAGGUGCUGAAUCAGAUGCAUUUUUGGAAGACUCUGAACAAGCAGAGGGAGAGCCACCAGGUGAUGAGGAUAAGGAGGACACAGUUAAGCAAUGGGUUUUGGAAAAAACCUUAAAGAAGAUUGAAGUGGAACUGAAAGAACCACAGAAGUCACCCGUAGUGCCAAUUAUCCGAAAUGUUUUAAAUGAAAUUUUCCAGAAUGCUUUAGUUAAUCAACUCAACGUACUUCCUCUCUCCAAUUCCCAUUCAUGUGGCAUUUCUCACUCUUCAGAGCAACCUGUCACUAAAACGUUCAUUCAAUUCAUAGAUAAAACUAUGGGCACUUUGGUGUCUGAAGCAGAUGUAACUGUUGUUGCAGAUGAUAUUAUUAAGACUGUAUUUCAAAAGCUUUAUUCUGCUGCCAGGACAGACAGAAAUACAAGACAAAGUAGGUAUAAAAGUAUCACAUUUUCAGCCAAUAUUCCUUUUCAUGAACAAAGUAGUCAAAGAAAGACAACUGUGUAUCCGACAGCACCGAAUAGAGAACCACGUCGGCUGCAUUCCUCACUCAAUGUUGAGAGACUGACUAAGGUCAAUGUAGUUGAAGAUAUUGUACAAACAGUCAUAAGCAAUUUGGAAUCUUUUGCUACUUCUAAAGUCAAAUCUCUCUUUUACCCUUCAGUUAGCUUUAGCACCACAAGGGCUUUGCCUACACCCCAAGAACCUACUUCAUUAAGCAAAGAGUUGUUACCUACAAAAGAUGUCCAUUCUCCUGAUGAGCAAAUUUCUUAUCCCUCGGUGGAUCUUAGUACAGCAGGAAAUGUGGCAUCAGCAUGUCACUUGUCUGUCUCUAAACUAAGUAAGUAUGCAACAGAAGUGGCUAGGAAAAUCUUGCAAGGAAUCAAACAAGAGCUAGACAAAGAAUUGGAAAGUCCUGUAACUCAUAACAUCGUCACGUCUGGAAAUAUUGCAAGUCAGGUGGUUAAUACUGUUUUAGAUAUUGUAUCUACUAAAGGCAAAUCUGAUAAAAACGAAUUGGAGAAAGAUAAUAGUUCAGAUCUGCAAGAAGGCAUCGUAGAAAAAAUGUUUAAUAAAACAGAAUAUCGAAAAGAACUUCGAUUUCAAAUACAAGGUAUUGUUGAAAAUAUUUUAAGUGACAUUUGUGAGAAAAGAUUGGAUCAGAAUCAUGCCCCACUUUCCCCAGCCACUCUUCAUCAGGAUGAUGUAGGAGCUAAACAUCCAGCAGCAAGCGUUGAAGUGGCAAUUGAAUGUACAAGUGACAGUAGCCCCAAACUUUCAAUUCCUAAAUCAGAUGUUAUCACGAUUGCUAAUGAUAUGAUAAACAUAGUGCUUCAGAACCUUAGUUCUGCUGUUAUAGUUGGCAAAAAUAUAAAGGAGCCCAUUUCGGCACAUUUGCCACUGAAGUCCCUUUGUGAUAUGACUCCAAAAACAGAAUGUGAGCUUCCCACUCUUAGCGACGUAACAGAAGAAAAAACAAGAAGUGGUCCUUCUGAUGUAGAAAAGAAAAAGACCAAGGUCAAAAGGAUGAAAUCUCCUUAUGAUGACGAUGAGCAAAUGCAAGUAGCAAAAGCAGAUGAUGCCAGUCGAUCUCUUUUUGACCCAUGUGAAGAAAAUGCUGAUUAUAUUACUAAAAACAUUCUGAAUAGAUUAGAAUCUUUUGCUACAAAAAGAGUAGACUCCUUAAUUAGCAUUGAUUCACAGACUAAAGAAAAAUCCUUUGCCGUCACUGAACUUUCCAGUCACCUACAGGAUGAAGGUCCCUUUCUUGCACCAGGCCAAGUUCAGUCAAAUAUGAAGGCCUUGAAAUUAACUACAGCCAAAGCUUUUCUUGGACAAAAUCUCAGAAAUACUUCACUAGCCAGCUAUAAAGAAAACACUGCAUCUACAAGUCACCUGUCACAAACCAGUCUUAGGGAGUAUGCUGACAUGAUUGCUAGUACUGUAUUAACAAUUAUCAAAAAUGAUUUAGACAUAGAAAUGCAAAAGAUGUAUUCUCAUCCAAAUAACGCUUCAUUUCAAGAAAAUAUCAUAGCAAGAGAAAUUGUAAGCAACUUAUUAAAGACUUUUGGUGAUAAAAGAUCUUUAAAAGAAGGCUCAUCUUUAUCAAAGCUCCAAAUAGCUAUGCAAAAUGAAGUGCUAUUGGAAGAAAGACAGGAUAAAAACACUGAAAUAUCUCUUCUUUCAAAAUAUCCAUUGAAACAAAACUCAUUGAGUUCUGAAGAUGAAAAUCAGAGAACAGUUUUGGAGGAAAUAUUUAUGAGAAAUGGCGAGUCCAGACAGGAAGAAGCUGCCCCAAUAUUCAGCACAGUUGAAGAUGUUUUAAAUAAGGUGAAUCAACGAAUAACAGAAGACAUUGGCCAUUUACCUCCUUUUAAUGAACUCUCUCACCUUAUAUCUGAAUCAAAAAUGAAAACACCAAAUGGGGCUCCCCAAAAACCUUUUCGGCCCAACAUCAAUAUUGCAGCAAAUGACAUAGUUGAUAGUGUAUUUGGCAAAAUGUACUCGGUGGUUGUGGCAUCCAUAUAUGCAAAUGGUGAAGCAGAGAGAGAAGUGACUGCAACUAGCAAUAAAGAUAUAUUGGUGGCAAAAGCAUCAUGUUCCAGUGUAUCUAAACUAUCAGAAAAAAGGAGUGAAACUUCUCAGGCCUUAAUGCCUCAAACUUAUCCUCAUUCAGGUGUUAAAAAGAUGUUGUUGGAAGAUACUUCAUUGCACUGUUCUCCCUUGAGAGUGGGUGAAGAUCUGGUGCAAAUGGUUCUUAAUAAGAUCAUAUCUUUUGUUUCUCUGAACCUAGAAGAAUAUUCUUCUGAUGUUCCAUCUGAUGGUAGCGCAUCUUCCCGGCAACAUGUGGCUAAAACCAGCCCCAAGCCAGGUCUUAGGAGCAGUUUAAAAACAAGCUUGAAACUCAGCUCAGUGCAGAAAUGUAAGGCGAAAUCCCAGGCAAUAUCUGGUAAUUCGAAGGGGAAGGGGAAGGCCAAAAUACCCAUAGAAGAAAAAAUUGCAUUGAGAGGAAGUCGUUCCAAGUCUUUCCUUAGCCUUUCACAUGUCUUAUCGACAGGAGAUGCCAAAACCUCUCCCCUGCAAGCAAAGUUGCCUAUAUGUGAGCUAAAAAACUAUGCCAAAGAUAUAGUGAGUAACAUCCUGGAAACCAUUGUAAAUGAAUUCCAAAGGGUGAAAUGCAGUAAAAUGAUGGUCGACAUAGGAAGCUUACCAAAUUCUGACCAAAUCAUGGCAGCAAGUGAACUAGUUAAUACAGUUUUGCAAGAAUUAUAUUCCUCUGAUUCAAAUAGCUUCACCUAUCAAAUUAAAUCUGCACACUUGGAAGACGUCAAAUUUCCAGAAAGGAAGUUAGGUACAGAAUCUUUUUCCAAACCUCAGGCCUGUUUUUUCUUGGAGAAUGUUUCUUCACAGCUAGAACAAAUUUUUCCUAAAGAAGGUAUUUUUAAGAAAAUGUUUGAUAAGUGGCAAACAGAGUCAAAUGACAUGGAAAAUGAAAAAUAUAAGCUACUAAUGAUCGCUGAAAAUGUCUUGAGUGAGAUCUUAAUUAAAGUGAAAGAGUUAGAAUGUUCUGUUUCCCUCUUAAAGAUGCCCCCUAUUGAGGCUUGUGAAAGCAUUUUCUGUAAUAAUUUUAAAAGAACACCUGCUAGCGUUGAUGAUUCCAAAGCACAAAUUAAUUUGUUUGGCAGGGAAAUUGUUGAAAUUCUAUUUGAAAAGUUACAAUUGUGUUUUUUGACUGAGAUGCCCAUUCCUGAUAGUAAGGAAGCUCUAUCAAGAAAAAAAGAACAGAUUCAUUCUAGGACUAAAUAUUUUUCAUCAGCUGGGCAGUUCUUGAGCAAUGUACCUUCCCACAGUACAAAACUGAAGGAUCAGUUCUCUUUGAGUUCUAAUAGCAGAAUUGCUAGAGAGAUUGUCGAGAACGUGUUACAUACCUUGGAAGCAUUUGUAGAUUUGCAAUUUAAGCAUAUCUCUAAAUAUGAAUUUUCUGAAAUUAUGAAAAUACCUAUUGAAAAUUUUUAUCCUGCCCAACAGAGACCACUAAAUAGGAGAAUAUUGCCAAAAUUACAACCACUGAAUGAUUUUCCUGAUGAAUCAAAGUUAAGUAGUAUGAUCACAAAGGAAAACAUACAAAAAACCCUUUUUCAGGUUCAUUCAUUUCAUUCAGAACUGCGUACUUAUGCAGCUAAUGCUGUUAGUGACAUGCUAAGUAUAAUUAAGUGCAAACUAGACAAAGAAAUCGGCCAAGCAGAACCAUCUCCAAUUAACAUCUUAGAAGAAAACAUGGUUGCAAGUGAAAUCAUUAGUAACCUAAUGGAUCAGUGUGUGCAUUUCAGUGAUUCUGUGCUUGAAAAUAUGCCUAAGGAAAGCCCAGUUCGAGGAGCUGAAAAUACUUAUACUGUUCACCGAGUUGAAGUGGCAGCUACCAUGAAAAUGUCCAAUAGCAAGUUAAAAGAAGUCACGAUUCGGGAAAGUCUUCCACCUUUUCAAGUGCCUACUACGGUGCUUUUUUCAGAGGAAAAAUUAGGAAAAUAUAAUAGGAAUUCAUCUAAUCUUUCCUCACAUGUCAGAUACUCUGCAGGAGAUACCUCUACAGGCACUAUGAGCAGGCCUGAAUCAGAACCAGGGCCUAGUAGAAGAGAAGGGCGGAAUAAAUCCUCAAGGAGAAGCAAUUUUAACUAUUUUGAACAAAAUCCCACACAACCAGAGAGUUCUCUUCCAGAAGGGAGUGUCUUACAAAAAUUGUUCAAGAAAAACAAUGAACCUGCUGAUGUGGUAUUAAAAGAUAUUAUGCCAUUUCUGAACCGAGAAGAGACUGAGGAGGAGCCAAGAACAUUUUCCUGUGAGCAACUAAAACCAGAUAUUGAGCCAAAGAAUAUCCAUACAACUGUUACUCCACUAAAAAUAUGUCUUGCUGCUGAAAAUAUCGUCAACACUGUUCUGUCUUGUUAUGGCCUGGGGACCAAGGCACAUGCAACGGGAAGCAACGUAGAGACAAUGAAACCAUUUUUCAUAUCAAAGUCACAAUCGUUAUCCUCUAUUUCCUCACAAUCUAUAGACCAAAAGGAUAAGGUAAAUAAUUUGCUUAGAACAUGGGAAAAAAGACUCCAUUGUGCCAAUGAAAAAGAUAUCCAAACCAAUGAAAAUCCAAUGUCUCAUGGAAGUGAAGAUUUUACUUUACUUGAAAAGUGGGAAAACAAAACACUUCCAAGGGCUGAUAAAAUUGAAACUUUGAAAACAUUUGAAGUAAUUACUUUUGCUGAUUAUGAACUGGGUCCCUCUGAAAUCAACCGGAUAGCAAGACACAUCACCACAUCUGUGAUCACACUUUUCAAGAAUCUUCAAAGUGGAGGUUCCUGUGAUGAAAAGGUGCCCAUUGUUUCUUCACUAUCAAGGAAAAAACUAGAUCCAAAGAGGCCUCUGAGAAGCGGGCAAACGGAAUCUUCUUUAAAUGACUUUUGUGGCUAUCUCACUGACUCUGUUAUUUUCUAUAUAAUUUCAAGUGUUUCAGAUGGUACUGAAGAUGGCAGCUCAAAGCUGAAAUACUUUGGAAACAAAAUUUCAGCCUCUGACAAGUUCAUUUCAAUUAAUUCUGAAAUGUUGGGAGCCCAAGGAUCUAAGAGUAAAUCAAUUUCUAUUAGUGACAUUGCUUUUGGUGUUUCUGAAAUUAUUAUUCGAAUCCUAUCUAAUAGUAACAUUUUAAAGGAAGAUACUGAGCAUGCAGCUUCCCUGCAAACAAAAUACAUUUAUUCUCCAGAGAUUGCUACCAUGGACAUUGAUGAUCUCUUUCAAGAUCUACUAAUAGGAGUGAUUCAUGUGCUGACAAAAGAAAUAGGAAUUAAUGACCAAUGUAAUGCUAAAGGGAAAUCAGUUCCUGUGUUUAAAAAUCAGAGUACUUGCCAGAAAACUAGAUCUAUAGAAAGAGAGGUAAGACAACAAAGCUGGAACCCAUCACUUACUCAAAGAACAGAUCAACUUGUCCAGGAAAAUAAUGUCAGUUCUGUGGCAUCUAAAUUAGACAGUCUACUAGGGAGCCUAAAAAGUCAUGAAUCUAAAGAAAUGGUGAACAAAGUUUUAAAUAUUGUCUUAGAUUUAUUUUUGCCAGACGAAUGCCAAAGUGGGGGCUUAGACUCUCUCAAAGCAUCAACAAGACAUCUUUUUGACUCUUCGGAGAGGCAGCCUAAUAACCUAGGCUUAUCUCCUAAGUCUGUUUUCCUCCUCAAUGUUGUGUGUGAGAAACUUAUAAGGACACUUUUGGAAAAAUGUACGACCACAGACAUAUUGGAAAGCAGCCCUCUUUCUGAGGAAUUAUCUACUGCAGAACGGCAGCUUUUUAAUGUAAUCCAAGGUGUGGACAAGGAAUUUGGUUAUGGAGAGGGGAAAGUGAGCCCAGAGCAAGCCGAGCCAUUUCAAGCAGAUGACUGUGUGUCAGACUUUGUUUUAGAACAGCUGGCUGAAAGUGAACAAGAGUUGGUUUCCUCAGAAUCAAUGCUCAGUGUCAUUUCCCAUGGCUUGGUAAAAUCCCUGAUAGAAAAGCUGUCCAACAGCAUACAAGCAGCCCCUCCAAAACCCCAAUAUGCCAAUAAACUGUUAAAGUACAAUGCAAGAGAAAAACUGUCCAAUGCCCAAGGAGCACGACCAGCAAAAAGCCUCACGAGGCCCAGGAACAAACUCUCAUCAGAGACCCUCAAUCAUCUCCGAAUAAUCGGCUCCAAAAUCAGACCACCUUAUAAGCAGCGUUUAGAGACCUCCCUUUCUACUUCCUCUUUGAAAAAACUGGGGAGGAAAGAAUUAAAAGUUAAAGCAGUUCCCAAAAUGUUGCACUCAGGUCGACUCAAUACAGGUGUUUACUCAGCCACAUUUUUGGAGGACAUUAUUUCUGACCUGUUUUUUUAUAUUUAUACUGCAUUGUAUGACCGAGAUAAAAAUGUCACAGAGGAACAGCUCAGUGAAAUGAAUACAUUAUUUGUCAAUUCUGUGGUAAAUGCAUUUAAUAAGGCUCAAGUCACUGUGCUCCGGAAUGCUGAAGAAAGGUUGUGUUUUCCACCUGUACAGAAAGAAGCUGUGACCAAAAUCGUUGACUCUGUUUAUAAUGAAGUUUUGCAGGAAUAUGAAUCGAAAAUGACAUACUCUAGUGAUAACGAUGCAGCUGAUGACCUCAACUUACUAGCUGAGCGGACAACCAAUGCUGUGCUGGCUGAGAUUUUUGACUACCAGCUUCCAUCAUGCUUUAUGGAAAGACUCACCCCUGAGUCAUACUAUCCCCUCAAAGUUGAAAAUGUCCUUCAGAAGCUUCAAGAGAACCUGAGAGAGUUCAGUUCCCAAGUUCAGCCUUCAUUAGGCUAUACGACGAUGUUGCCUCACUCGUUUUUAGAGGAUGUCAUUAGAAAGCUGUUAUCACAAAUCAUCCCUCCAUCUUCUAGUGAUGUUUGGUCUAUGGAAAAUAAAUAUUUAACAAGCUCAGAUUUGAAUGAAAUGUCUGCUUGCAUAAUAAACAAAGUCAUUUCAGCCAUUUCUAAACACAAAAUCUGGCUCACCAAAUAUGACCAUCAAUACUUAUAUUCAGAAAGAAAUCUCCAAGCAAUGGUUGACUCAGUUUACAAUAAUAUUUUGCAAAUCUCGGGAUCUCACUCAUCAAUACAGAAAAGUAUAACAAGCCGCAGUCCUGUCAUUGUUGACCGAAUAGCCAGUUUUAUUAUUCAAGAGAUUACUGAAAGUCACCUUCAGCCCUUUUUGUUUGGGGAUAGUGCCCCUCGAUCAACAACUUCCACCGAUGAAGUGUCCACCAUGGUUAAGAAUGUUCUCAGUGAAGUGACAGGGCUGCAAAGAUCCCCUACAGCAUCUUCCCUAAGCAUGGGGGUUUACCCUGCUGAAUUCGUGGAGGAAAUUGUUGCUAGACUCUUAUCAAAGAUCUUUAGCCCAAAAGUGAAAACUGGGGCAGAACUAAACAAUGUGACACACAAAAUUGUAGAUUCCAUAAAUUCUCACUUUGACCGAGCCAAAGUCCGAGUAGUGCGCCAUGAUGAGGCACAGCCUUUUCCACCUCUGAAUAUUGAUAUUGUAGAUGAAUUGGUGGACUCUGUCUACUGUAACGUCCUGAAACAACAUGGACUAGAUCCUACAGGUGAGCAAGAAGCACCAAUGAGGACUGACAUAUUUGUCGAAAAUCUUACCAGUUUAAUUGUAGCAGCAAUUUCUGAUUAUCUUCUUCAUCCCCUUUUUUCUGGAGAGCUUUCUGCUUCUUCCUAUUCUUCUUUGACAGCAGAGAACAUUGUGCAAGAAGUCCUAGGUGGGAUCAACAAAACUAGCAAACAAAGCCAGAGCCUGUCUCCAUAUAAUACCUUACUGCCUUAUACUUUCUUAGAAGACAUGAUAAGAGUGCUCCUAUCUCGAAUCUUUCCUUCAACAUCUGGUAUGGUUCCAUAUAAAGAAGAUCCAUAUAAAGAAGAUGCAUCUGGAGUUAAUUUCAAUGAAGUUGCUUCAAAGUUAAUCAGCGAUAUCCGGAGGAAAAUUUCAAAACACGAAAUUCGAUUUUCCAAAGAUGCAGAAGAACCACAAUAUGUUUAUUCAGAAGAUGAUGUCCAAAAUCUUGUUGACUCUGUUUUCAAAAAUAUCUUGCAAAACUCUGGCUCUCCAGAAGCAAUUGAACAAGAGAUAACUAGCAGUAAUAAUACUUUUGUUGAUCGAGUAGCUGGUUUUAUCAUUAGAAAUAUUUGUCAGCAACACCUUCAGCCAUUUGUGUCCGGAAAGGCAUUUCUUCCAGCCCAGAUGUACCAUGUUGAUGAGCAAAGGCAGUUGUUACAGUUUUAUGCUGGUGUUUAUUCCUCACCAUUUUUGGAAGAAGUAGUCUCUGGAGUUUUAUCCAAAAUCUUUUACAAGGUCGUGGGCAUUGCAUAUAUCCAAAUAGGAAGAGAACCUGGCAGUGAACUGGAGGAAACAGCUAUUCAGCUCAUCAAUUUAGUAUCAGAGGAGAUUGCAAAAGCAGAAGUAAGCAUUCUAGAAAAUGCUAGAGAGGAAUUAGGUUUGCCACAAGUAGAUAAGGAUGUCAUCAUUAAGAUAAUUGACACAGCUUACAACAAAGUUUUGCGAGAAUAUGACUCAGACCUAGCACUUGAUAAAGAUUUUUUUAAUGACACAAGGGCUUUGGCAGGAAAGAUAACCAGAAUCAUUCUAGCAGAAAUCCUGGAUUUUCAGAUCCAACCAGAUUUGGUCAGAAGACUACCAUUCAAAUCUCUGUCAAAGCUGGAUGCUAAUGUUUUGCUUAAGAAAGUUCAGUUUGAAAUUAACCAACAAAAACCUCAGAGACAGACUUCAACGAUAUAUACAACUAUGUUAUCACAUACUCAUUUGGAAAAGAUAGUCACCCAGCUUUUAUCACAAAUGUCCUCGGACUCCAGAGCAGAAGACUCAAUUCCUUCAAAGCCUGAUUUAAGUACAACUGUUGUGAAACUGAUUAAUGAAAUCAUGGCCAUCAUUUCCAAACAUGCUAUCUGGAUAACAAAGCAUGGAAAUGAAAAACAAAGUAUGAUUUCAGAAACAGAUAUUGAGAAUAUGGUGGAAUCCAUUUAUGCUGAUAUUUCACAUUCAAAUCUAUACCAGUCUCUUACAAAAGAUAAAAAAGACCUAAGUAAUAUACCUGUUUCCAAAAUAGCAAGUUUUAUAAUCAAAGAAAUUUUUAACCAUCAUCUUCAGUCAUUUUUAUCUCAAGAACAAACCCUUUCUCAACCUAUGCCCGACUUAACUAGGAAACAGACCUUCAAAGAUGUAGACAUUGACCCAAAACAAUUGUCUCUCAUCGUUAACUCAGCUAUAUUUUUGGAGGAAGUAAUUUCUGAGCUUUUAUGCAAAAUCCUUUAUGCAUUCUCACAUAAUUUCAUCUCAUCCGAGGAUCCAAAGUCUAAAGCCAAAAUUACUGACAUUGUUACAAAAUUAGUCCGAUCAAUUGUACUCGAGUUUGCAGCAUCUCAAAUUUUGGUUGCUGAAAAUUUUGAUGAAAAUCUGUGUUUUUCUGAAGGGUAUAAAGAAAUGGUUAGUAAGAUAGUCAACUUAAUUUACGAAAAAAUAACAGAUGAUUAUAAAUCUCUGGAUCUCAUUUAUACAGACAUAGAACAUGACACUAGUAAUUUUGGAAGGAAAAUAUAUAAUUUACUUUUGGGAGAAAUUUAUGAUUAUCAAGUACAGGGAUUAAUUUCUGGAACAUUGUCUUUGUCUACUUAUUCUUCACUUAGAGCCGAGAACAUUAUUCGAAAUGUCCUAAAUGUUAUUGGUAAAGAAAGCCAUUAUUUGCCAUCCUUUGUUACUGUAUUACCUCGCUCUCUCUUGGAAGAUAUGGUUUCCAAACUUUUGGGUCAUAUUUUUCCUUCAUCUGAAGCUAGGGCUAAAAUAAAAGAAGAGGAGGAGCCACCAGAUGAUGAUUUUAUGUGUGCAGCUUCAAGACUGACCGAUGCUAUCAUAAGUGAAAUUUCUGAACAUGAAAUUAGACUGACCACUGCAGAGGAGAAUGCCUCACAUAUGAAUCUGGAAACUAUUGAAAGCAUAGUCGACUCAAUUUGCAAAAAUAUUUUGAAGAAAGCUGAAUUCCAAGCUGAAGUCCAAAAAGAGGAGAGUGAGAAGGGAGGCACAUUCCUCACCAAAAUAGCUGGCUUCGUUAUGAAGGAAAUUGUAGAUCAUCAUCUCCAGCCAUUCUUGAAUGAAGAUGACUCUGAGCCUGGUGAAGUUUCUGAGAAGGAGCCUGUUGUUGAUGUUCUUGAGCAAGAAAAAGAACAACCGGGAACACCCCAGCCUUCCCUUUACUCAGCAACAUUUUUAGAAGAUGUUAUUUUUGAUCUCGUCCGAAAAUUGUACCCUAUCCCAACAACUUCCGAGUACGAGGAGGAAGAGAGUACAACAGAGACCAAUCUUGUGGGCAUGGCUAUCAAAUUAGUAAAUUCUCUAAUAGGUGAAUUUCGAAAAAGUGAUAUUAAGGUUCUCCCCAAUGCUGAGGAAUUGUUUUCUUUUCCACCUGUAGACAAAGAAACUAUUGAUAAAGUGUCUGAUUCUGUGUAUGAUGAGGUUGUUAAAAAAUAUAAAUCUGAGGAUGCUCAUCAUGAUGAGGAAGACAGCAGUUUUUAUAUUGAAAUGAUAACCAACUUAGCAAAGAAGGCAAUCUCUGGUUUCAAGUUUAAGCCCCUUUUUUCUGGAGACUGGUUUUCCCCUUUCUUUUCAUUUCUAGAACCAGAUAACAUCACCCAACGAGUCCAAUAUUUGCCACAAAAGAUCUCAUUGGAUAAAGACGUAAAGGAUGCUCCUAUCAAAGAUUCUUCACUGAAAGAUUCCCUUGCAGUUGUAACUCUAGCUAGAAAUAUAAAAGAUCAAACAGAUCUGGGCACAAUGAGGGAAAAGAAGAGUGAAGAGAAGAUUGAAAGUAUACCUAGAAACGAUGACCAGGAUUCAAUGUUCAUUUCUCUAGCUAACACUAUGAAAACUAAAAUGUGUGCCCUGGAAUCUGAAGAUUGGGCUCUAAUUGAUAAAAGGGAAGGUGAGAAAAAGAUGAGUGAGAGCCCAACUGGAAAAGAUGAAGACAAAGAUGCAAUAAAAUUCAUUUCUGUAGCCACCAGUACUAGAAGUAGUACGAAAAGUCAUCAGGACCGUGGUUGGCAAACAUCGGAUAAAAAGAGCGAUGAGAGUUCAUCCAAAGAAGAUGAGGUAGAUGAGUACAAGGAAGAGUCAAUCAAAGUCUUUGCAGUGAUGAAAAGCAGAAAGGGGAUCCCAGAACCAGAUUUUAAGAGAACACCUAAGAAGAGCAGUACUAAAAAGAAAGAACACCAUUUGGCUGCUGAAAAGGAUGAUGAAGAACCAAUACGAUCCAUUUCUCCAGUAAAAAGUAAGAAAACAGCAGAACCAGUUUUGAAAUCAAGUAGUAAGAAGUUCGGAGAAAAGAAAAAAGAUAUUUCAGUUGGGACAGAUGAUGAUGAAGAAGGGGCAUUUACAAUCACUCCUUCAGUCACGAAGGUGAAAAGUAUGAGGACUUUACAAGAUCCAAAUUCUAAACUAAAAGCACCCUUUAAAAGCAAGAAAGAAAGCUAUGUUCAAACAGAUAUUGAAGAUGACCCAAUAGUGUAUUAUGAAAAUGUUGAAAAUGUGAUUGAGAAUAUUUACAGUAAUGUUUUAGAUAUAUCUACUCAGACAUCUCUAGAUGAUGCCAGGUAUGCAAAUGUCAUCCCUGCCCAAAUAGCACGUGCUGAAAAUCUUGGCAAACGUUCACCAGUGGCUUCAUUGCAUCUGGCUCACAAGGAUACUCCUGACAAAGGUAAAGAGGUAAAGAAACACCGUCCUGAUGAUGCCAAAAAGUCACGGCGAAAGAGAUGGGGUAUUUUUUCAGCUAAAUUUUUAGAAGAUGUUAUCACUGAGAUUGUCAACAAACUGAUCUUUUCCUCUUCACCAGAAACUUGUGAAGAGUGUAAAAAAGUUCAGGAUGAUGUAAAUAAGACUGAGCUCUAUGAAACAGCAAUGAAACUGAUUGAUUCCUUGCUAAAAGAGUUUUCUGAAGCCCGAAUUCAAGUGUUUAGGCCUAUUGAGGAAAAGCAAGCUUUGCCCCAGGAAUCUAAAGUACUGAUUGAGGAAAAAGUGGAAAGACCAACUCUGCAGAGGACACCCUCACCGCCAAAAAUGUCACCUGUGCCCCAAAAAGCCUUGGUUGAGAGGAGCUCAUGUACAGACACACAACCUUAUAUUGAAUCUAUGCCACCAGUGGAUAAAACGUUGGUCAAUAAGGUCGUGCACUCCUCUCUGUGUAAUGUUCUGCAUGAAUAUAGAUCUCAAGACUUGAUUUGCAAAGACAUCAACGAUAGCGAUAAGUUAGCCAAAAAAUUAGCUGGUGCUGUAAUAGAAGAAAUGUUUCAGCAUCAGCUCAACCUACUACUACAGGAUGAAUUGCCCGCUGAAGUGUGCGCACCCCUGGAAUCGAAGGAUGUUGUUAAAAAAGUCCAGAAAAUUGCCCAAAAACACACCAAAGAAUGCCAAACUUCCUCACCCUAUACCAUCAUGCUGCCUCACGAAUUUUUGGAAGAAAUGAUUUCAUCUCUUCUCGCCAAAAUUUUCCCCAAAGGAACUGAAAAAAAUCUCCCUUCCGAUGCAGAAGGUGGUGACAGUCUUUUCGCAGAACUGAAUUUCAUUCAAAUGAAAUUAGUCAGCAGGGUUAUGACAGAGAUAUCAAAAGAUGAAGAUAUGAUAAUACAGUACGUUGAGUGCUUACACCCCAAUGACAAUGAAGUCAUUCAGGUAGUUGUACAGUCUGUUUAUAGUAAUCUUUUGCCACAGUUUGGCUCUCAGGAGGUUAUACAGAACUGUGCCACGAGUGGCUGCAGAAUGCUUUCUGAAAGCAUAGCUGACCUAGUGAUACGAGAGGUCGCUGGCAAUCAGCUGCAGACGUACUUUUCUGGAGAGUUAACACCCCACCAAUGUGCUGAAGUGGACAAUGUGGUUGAGAAUAUUCUUAAAGAUAUCUCCCAGACCCCUGCACAGUUUACAACUAAGCGAACCUAUGGUCAUAAAUUACCUCUGAAUGUCCUAGAAGAAAUUGCAGUACAGUUUUUAUCCCGACUCUUGUCUGUGUUCCCUAUGAUAGAGAGGGAAAGAACUAAGUCUUUGGAGGCCGAAUUAGAAAAAAUUACUAACAAAAUAAUAACAUCACUGAAAGAGUUUAUAUCCAAAAGUCCAAUUAAAGUCGUACAGCAGGAUAAUGAACCUCCCACAUUGCCUAAAGAAGAUAAUCAAGCUAUUGAGAAAGUAGUCAAUAAUGUUUAUGAUAGUGUUUUGAAACACUCUGGCUCUCACACAUCUGUGUAUAAAGAUUUACUAGGGAAGAGCAAUGUUCUAGCUGAUAUAAUAGCCGCCUUAAUGGUCAAAGAAAUUUCUAACCCUGAAUUUCGGCCUCAUUUGGAAAAAAUCGAAGAGACAUCAGGUCCUCAACUGGCACUAGAAGCUGUCAAAAUUAUGGAAAAAGUCCUUAAAAUUCUCGAUGAUAUUAAGUCACGGGAGAAACCAGCCCCCAAACCUCCAGUGCUGGAUGCCUCCUUUUUGGAGGAAACUUUGGCAUUAUUCUUAGCAAAAAUAGUCAAGUUACCCUGUGUUGCAACCAAAGAGGCAAAAAGCUUAUCCAAACCUGAACUGAAUAAGAUUGCAUCUCAACUGACAAAAUCAGUGGCUGCUGAAAUUUCCAAAAGUAACAUUAGUCUUGUGGCUGCUGCUGACCCGGAUGUGCACUUUAUGAACCCAGAAAAUAUUGAAAUGAUUUCUCAGGUUGUUGAUUCUGUUUAUAGUAAUGUUUUGCAACAGUCUGGAACCCAAGAGGAAUUCUUUCAUGAUAUAAAGAGUAUGAACAGAUUUUUCCCCAAAAAAGUAGCUAGCUUAAUAAUCAGUGAGAUUUCUCAUUGUCCCCCAGAAUCUGUUAGCUCCCGUAGUUCAUCCACUGAUGUUUUCGGUGAUCUGGAUGUUGGCCGAAUUGUUGAAAAAGCCAGUGAGCAUGCCACCAAAAUGGGCUCUCUGCUAUUGAGAGAAGAUGAUACUGGAGGGGAUGACCUGCAAGUUAAAAUUGUUCCUCACCUUGGAAAUAAGCCGAUCAGAAUAGAUCCAGCCAUCGUUUCGGAACACUUAGCAGUGAUUUCACUCAAAACUCAACCACUGGAGAAACUGAAGAAGCAGUGUUUGUCAAGAACUGGACACAGUCUAGCAGAGUUAAGAAGAGCUUCAAUAAGUGGGAAGAGCUACUCAUCAGAAAUAGCUGACAUAGAAUCAAGGAAAAAGGAAAGACGGAUCUCUUUGGAUAAAACAGGACGGUUGGAUGCAAGGCCCUUUGAGGCCGUUUGCAGGAACUCAUUUCAGAAUGUAAGAAAGCCCGACAUCACCAGGGUAGAACUCUUAAAAGACGUCCGGAGCAAAAAGGACCUUAUUAUCCGGCUGGUUGCCCAUGAUAUUGAUGAAGAGGAGAUAGAUAGUAGGAGAGAAGAUGGCUUAAUAUCUGAUGGGGAAGACUUUGGUUUCCGAGAGGUGGUUUUAAAAGAAGAGUGUGCCCUUGAGCAAAUGGAUAUGAUUAUGAAGGAUGAGGAAGAGGAGAAAGUUCCAGAAAGUAAAGCCAGUUUGCCCAAGUCUUCCCUGAGUUCCAGUAGCCUGAAGAAGCUUUUGUCCAUAAGCAAGUGUUGUCAAGCUACUUCUACUACUACCACACCAGAAACUAUUGAAGCCUCUACAAGUCAAAUCAAGGAACCAAGAACCCAAGAAGUGCUGGAUGAGCCAGAGGAGCCAGAGGAGCCAGAAGUGCCAGAAAUCCCAGAAGUGCCAAUAGCUGUGGCAGAAAGUGAGGUGCUGACCCAGGUAGCAUCCUUGUCGAAGAUCGAGUCUUUUGACUUAGAAGAAAAGCCCCAGUCUUCUCACGAAGAGGUGAAAACCACUGUUUCUGAGCCACCACAUUAUUUGAUACACAAAACUAUGAGCUCAUACUCAUACAACCAGGAGAUGCUUUCCGAAGGUAGAGACAGCACAGGGUCCGGAAAGAAAACAACUGACGUGUAUCUAGAAGAGGCCAAGACACUAGAUGAAACGAGCAGCCUUCAGUUUAUCACAAUCUACGAAGGCCCUAAAUCACCCUCGCAGACCUCCAAGGAGGGCACACCAAAAACUCCUAGGGCCCGAGUUUCCAGACAAUCUUCUACCGUUCUUGAGAAGGUGUCUUCAGCUCUGUCAAGGGUAUUUUCUCGAUCCAGCACCACUACUGACGUUGCAACAUCACCUAACCAGGAGAACAAGCCUUGA